AUGGCACCAACAGCUGAAAAGUCUGCUCUGAUUGAAUACACGUCGGCUCUGACCUACGAUGCGGUGCAGGUGAUGACCGAGGCCUUCCGCUACCUCCAUAAGCAGAGGAUUGACUUCACCCGCAGAGCCAACACCGGGGACUGCCUGGCCAACCCGGCUGUCCCCUGGGCACAGGGCGUGGAGAUUGAGAGGGCCCUUAAACAGGUGCGCGUGGAGGGCCUAACGGGUAACAUCCAGUUUGACCAACACGGAAAGAGGGUCAACUACUCAGUUAACAUCAUGGAGUUGAAGACCAACGGGCCGGUCAAGAUUGGAUACUGGAAUGAGAUGGACAAGAUGGCGGUGACCAAGUCGGACGUCUUUGAGAACAGCACAUUAGGAAUGGAGAACAAGACGGUGAUAGUGACGACCAUUCUGGAAGCUCCUUACGUGAUGCUGAAGAAGAACGCCGACUUGUUCAUGGACAACGAGCGCUACGAAGGUUAUUGCGUGGAUCUGGCCGCGGAGAUCGCCAAACACUGUGGCUUCAAAUACCAGCUAAAGAUUGUGUCCGACGGGAAGUACGGAGCCCGGGACGCAGAGACAAAGAUCUGGAACGGCAUGGUUGGGGAGCUGGUCUACGGAAAAGCGGACAUCGCCGUGGCUCCUCUAACAAUCACUCUGGUGCGUGAGGAGGUCAUAGACUUCUCCAAGCCCUUCAUGUCUCUGGGCAUCUCCAUCAUGAUCAAAAAACCACAGAAGUCCAAGCCGGGCGUAUUCUCCUUCCUGGACCCUCUGGCCUAUGAGAUCUGGAUGUGCAUUGUGUUUGCAUACAUCGGGGUCAGCGUAGUCCUCUUCCUGGUCAGCCGUUUCAGUCCGUACGAGUGGCACACCGAGGAGUACGAGGACGGCCAGAUCCAGACCAACGAGUCCACCAACGAGUUUGGCAUCUUCAAUAGCCUAUGGUUCUCCCUGGGGGCUUUCAUGAGACAGGGCUGCGACAUCUCCCCUAGGUCUUUGUCUGGCCGCAUCGUGGGAGGUGUUUGGUGGUUCUUCACUCUCAUCAUCAUCUCUUCGUAUACGGCUAACCUGGCAGCUUUUCUCACUGUGGAGAGGAUGGUGUCCCCUAUAGAGAGUGCUGAAGACCUGGCCAAGCAGACUGAGAUUUCUUACGGGACCCUAGACUCCGGAUCCACCAAAGAGUUCUUUAGGCGCUCUAAAAUUGCCCUAUUUGACAAAAUGUGGACGUACAUGAAAAGCGCCGAGCCCUCUGUGUUUGUGAAGACCACGGCGGAGGGCGUGCAGCGCGUUCGCAAGUCCAAGGGCAAGUACGCAUACCUGCUGGAGUCUACCAUGAACGAGUACAUCGAGCAGAGGAAGCCCUGCGACACCAUGAAAGUGGGCGGUAACCUGGACUCCAAAGGCUACGGAAUCGCCACGCCCAAAGGAUCCUCAUUAAGAAAUGCGGUUAACCUCGCAGUACUAAAACUGAAUGAGCAAGGCCUGUUGGACAAAUUGAAAAACAAAUGGUGGUACGACAAAGGAGAGUGCGGCAGCGGGGGAGGUGAUUCCAAGGAGAAGACAAGUGCCCUCAGCCUGAGCAACGUGGCUGGGGUCUUCUACAUCCUGGUUGGCGGACUGGGUUUGGCUAUGCUGGUGGCUUUGAUUGAGUUCUGUUACAAGUCCAGAGCUGAAGCCAAACGAAUGAAGAUGACCUUUGGAGAUGCCAUGCGGAACAAGGCCCGCCUCUCCGUGACUGGGAGCACAGGGGAGAACGGCCGCGUAAUGACCCCAGAGUUCCCCAAAGCUGUGCACUCAGUCCCGUACGCCAGGCCUGACAUGGCACUAAACGUCAGCCUCACCGACCUGUCCUGA